UCCUUCAAAGAUGCUGUUCAGUAUUAAAUAGAUUUUGUUACAAUUAAUUUUGAAAGAAAUUAGUUUGUUUAACAUUUGAAACUAAAAGAAAAGGAAUAAUGGAAGGGGAAUUGAAGCACAAUAUUGCGAAGUUGCUGGAAGAAUUACGAUUUGUUGUAAAGUCGGAGAAAGAGAUUGAAGAUAUUAUUCAGGUGUUAGAUUCUAUUGUCAAUGUUAGCAAAACGUCUAUUGGAGAAUCUACUGAAUUUACAGUGGACGAUGUUUUUCUAACUUUACUGCAUCAUGAGUCCAAAGAAAUCAUUGCGAAAACUGCUAAGGCAAUCGCAGAGAUUGCGAAAAGUGAAAGGGGAAGAGAAAAAUGUACCACUACAGAUAUAGUGAAUGCUCUGAUAAAUUUGUUGAAAGAUGAUCGCGUUGAUGUGUUGACACAAACUUCUAGAGCUUUGGGAAAUAUUUGUUACGAGAAUGAAAAUGGUAAAAAGUUUGUUGAAGAUCAAAAUGGAUUAAAAUCAAUCUUGGCAGUAUUGGAAAAAAGUGUUACAUUGAAUAAUGUAGAAGGAGCACCAUUUCUUCGUAAUGUUGCAGCAGGUCUUCUUUUAAAUUUUCUUAUCGACCGGUCAUCUGUUAAUACAGAGGCAUUGCAACAGGAAAUUGUACCUAUUAUAUGCAGUCUUUUGGAGAUUGAUGGUAGUGCAGGUGGAGAAUCUGCAAUGCACUCACUACUAAUAUUAGGAAUAUUGAAUGAUGCUGAUGUAGAGUUUCUAGAUGAAAGACUUACAAAAAUUCUGGUGGAUAUUUUGGCAAGUGAUACAUCAUCAGAGCUUUCUGAGAUGUGUUUAGAACUUCUUCAUGGUCAAGCAGAAAGCGAGAAUGCAAAACUGUUGCUUGCAAAGGCAGGUGUUUGUGAAUUGCUGCUGAAGCUAUUGGAGAAACAUAGUCCAUACUGUACAGAUGACGAGGCUAGGUCGGUGUUGAAAAUUGCUUGCAAUCUAAUCAUCCUUGUGUUAACAGGAGAUCAGAGUAUGAACAAUUUGUACGAUAACAGUGAUGGUGUUGUGUAUAAAAAAUUGGUUGACUGGCUUGAUAGUGAAGACAAAGAUUUGCAAAUCACAGCAGUAUUGGCAAUGGGAAACUUCGCUCGCACUGACGCCCAUUGCAAACUUAUGGUUGCUCAAGGCAUUCACAGGAGUUUGCUUAAACUUCUGCAGGAUAAUAACACGGACGCAGCUGACAUUAGGUUUCAGCAUGCACUACUUAGUGCUUUGCGAAAUCUUGUUAUUCCUGCAGAUAAUAAACCUGUAAUAUUGCAAGAUGGAUUGAUAGACGUUUUAUACUCGAUGUUACAUAUUCCAUCUUACCCGGUAGUCUUUAAAUUAUUGGGAACGUUGAGGAUCGUUAUUGAUGGACAAUAUGAAGCUGCCGUAGAGUUGGGUAAAAAAACUGAUUUAUUGACGAAAACUGUUGAAUGGUGCGAUGUCGAAGAACAUCCUGGGGUGCAAAGUGAAGCGAAUCGACUAAUUGCUUGGCUAAUUAAUAACAGCAGGGAUAAGGAAAUUACGGUUUUGAUGGUAGAACAUGGCACGGUACCCCAUUUAGUUAAGAUGUUAACGUCGCAGCAUGUUUUAAUGCAAAAUGAAGCUCUAAUUAGUUUAAUGAUACUGACAACGAGUUGUUUAUCACAAUGCGAGCAACUUCUUCUGGAGGCUGACAUAGUGGACAAACUUUGCAGAUUUUUUGAGGUCGCAAAAAGUCUGGAGAAACCAAUUAUGCACAAUGCUGUGUCCCUAUUGGAUAAUAUUGUUAACUCAGAAACAUUGAGAGAAAAUAUUGCAAAAAGUAAUUUAAAAUCGUUGUGUCAAAAUAUAUUGGAUAGCGAUGGAGAAUCGACCAUCGGAAAUAAAAUGAAAAGAAUUUGCGAAAAGCUCAAUUGAGUAAACGGAUAUAUAAACAUGUACUUAUUACUAUUCUUUGAGGAGAUACAAGUACCCGAAUCGCAAAUCUUUCUUCCUGGUUGAAAAUAAGUCUUCGUGUUUCAAUGUGACAAACAUACAUCUGUCUCAUAUCAGAAGCAAUAUUUUUGUAAAAUCAUCAUUAUGAGCAACAACAACAACAAAAAGUAACGUUGACGUUACUUGAGCAUUUUUUAAAUUAAAGUCAGCAUUCAGAUUUGUUUGUUCUGCCGUUUCAUUACAUGGUUCUAAUUAGAUCACAGAUGUUUAUGCACGUGUACAGAAAGUAUGCAAAAAAUACGCAAGGAGUAUGUAUUUAUGCAAAGUAAAAUACAUGUCGCGGAAAUCCUCAAGAGACGAAAAAUGAAUUUUUGUCCAAGUCCUGUUUUCGUGACUGUAUUCUAUAAAAAAUAUACAUAUACAUAAACAUCGGUUGUCUGUUUAUAAGUAAUUAGUUACCGAAUCAUUACAAUCACAUGUGAAUGUAAUUAUAUAUGUACUAAAUGGUAAAUUUUCCACGAUUUAACAUAAAUGAAAUUUGUCAAUUGAUUAUGGAAAAAGGUACUAAAUAUUCGUGGGCUAACGUAAGUUCUUAAAAAAAAAAGAAAAAAAAAUAUGUGUGUACUUUUAGGAGACCGACCAAAUUGUAACAUUCGUGCGACCAAUUGUGAGAUUAAUAUUAUAAUAAAUCUAUAUACGAUAACUUCCGGCGAACGAA